AUGCCGAUCCUCAACGUACAAGGUGCAAACCUGCACUAUGAAAUCUUGGGCUCCGGACAGCCUCUCCUUCUCAUCACUGGCGCCGGCGGCAAUGGCUCAGCCUGGCAUCCAGCAGCCCAGCACCUAUCUCAACACUACACCACAAUCUGCUAUGACCGCCGCAACCACUCGGCAAGCACUAUCACUGGCCCCCAAGACUACUCCAACCGCCUGAACACAGAUGCCUUUGACGCUGCCUGUCUCAUCAAACACUUCAGUUCCUCUGGCAAAGCAAUCGUCGUCGGAAACUCGUCUGGUGCCAUUGUAGCUAUGCAUCUGUUGCUCAGCCACCCCGAUUGUGUGGACAUGCUUGUGUCCCACGAGCCUCCUGCUUUUGGCGCUUUACCUCCAGAGUUCCGCGCCAAGGGAGAAGCUGUAAUUAAUCAUAUCUAUGACAGAUACAGAACCUCUGGCCCGAUCGCUGCUAUGGAAGAAUUCACCAGUAGUUUGUUUAUGGGAAGUGAGAGCGAGCUCAUUUGUGAGCUCAUGCAUCCGGCAACCUCCCACGAGGUUCGUGCAAAUUGCCUAUUCUGGUUUGAAUUUGAGCUUAGACAAUAUCCUUGUUCAGACGUCGAUGUCCCUGGUCUUGUCAAGCUCAAGGAAAAACUUGUCCCUGCUGCUGGCAUAGAUUCGGGGGACGGGGUUGGGGUUGCGCCCAUCGCUGCCAUUGCCGCUGCUACUGGCAGAGAUAUUCUCAGGCUUCCUGGUGGUCAUAUUGGUUUCAUGAUACAGCCUCAAACGUGGAGUGAGGCACUUGCCAAAGGUAUCCAGGCAUACUGA